AUACAUCCAAUGGCCUGAGUGGUGGUAACAGAGUGUCCGUGGUGGACACACACUGGAUGGGACAGCGCAGCGCUACAUGGGGGACGCAGAAGACAGACGAACCGGAGGGACUAUUACGCACUCUGGACAAAUCUCUGGGGCCCCUCUUUUGGGAAUCGAUUUGAUGGAAUAACCAAGCCGAGCAUGAACACACAUCGCCUUUGAGUGUCUCCUUCUCUGAGCAUGGAUUGACCAAAUAGCUCUCUGGAUGAUUUGAUGGGGCUGCUCAGAGUCAUGAUGCCGCCCAAGUUGCAGCUUUUGGCGCUGCUGGCGUUCGCAGUGGCCAUGUUCUUCCUGGAGAACCAGAUCCAGAAGCUGGAGGAGUCCAAGGGGAAGCUCGAACGAGCCAUCGCCAGACACGAGGUGCGAGAGAUCGAGCAGCGGCACACGCAUGACGGUCUGCGGGAGCGGGAUUCGCCGGCCGUGACGCUGUCCGAGGGCGAAGACGACAUCGUCAUCAUCUACAACCGCGUGCCCAAGACGGCCAGCACCUCCUUCACCAACAUCGCCUACGACCUGUGCGGGAAGAACCACUAUCAUGUGCUACACAUCAACACCACAAAGAACAACCCGGUCAUGUCCAUACAGGACCAGGUGCGGUUUGUAAAGAAUGUGACCGAGUGGAGGGAAAUGAAGCCGGCUUUCUACCACGGACACGUCUCCUUCCUGGACUUCACCAAGUUUGGGGUGAAGAGGAAGCCCAUCUACAUAAACGUGAUCCGGGACCCCAUUGAAAGGCUGGUGUCCUAUUAUUACUUUCUGCGUUUCGGGGAUGACUACCGGCCCGGUUUGAGACGCAGGAAACAAGGAGACAAGAAGACGUUUGAUGAAUGUGUAUCAGCCGGCGGCUCAGACUGUGCUCCUGAGAAGCUCUGGCUCCAGAUUCCCUUUUUCUGUGGUCACUACUCUGAGUGCUGGAACGUGGGCAGCCAGUGGGCUCUGGAGCAGGCGAAAUACAACCUGGUGAAUGAAUACUUGCUGGUUGGAUUAACAGAGGAGCUGGAGGACUUUGUCAUGAUGCUGGAGGCCGCGCUGCCACGCUUCUUCAAAGGAGCCACCGAGCUGUACAAAACAGGGAAGAAAUCCCAUCUGAGGAAGACCAGCGAGAAGAAGCCGCCCACGAAGGAGUCGAUCGCCAAGCUGCAGCAGUCGGACAUCUGGAAGAUGGAGAACGAAUUCUACGAGUUUGCACUGGAGCAGUUCCAGUUCGUCAGGGCACAUGCUGUCAGAGAAAAGGACGGGGAGCUCUACCUGCUGGCACAAAACUUCUUCUAUGAGAAAAUCUACCCCAAAAACUAAAGAGGCACAUGUCCGUAGAAGAGGACACUUUGUACAGGCUCAGUGCAGUCUGAGAUGGAAAAAGAGACGGAGGGUGAGACUAAUAGACAACAGGUGACUGAGUGGCUGCUUUGUACUUGUGAUUGAGAACAUAACGUGGAGCUGCAGAACCACCUGCCUCUGGUGACAGCUGCCUUAUACACACGUCUGUGCCAGCCAACUGGACAAGGAGCUUGUGUUUCGUUGGCAGGUUGUGUUCCCAGCAGCCCCCGGGGCCUCCAUUCCCCUUCACUUCCAUGUCAAAGGUCGUUGGGCCAGAGAACCUCUGCCGGCACGUGUUCCAGAGAUCCCCUGUCCUCCUGAUCGGCUUCUCUGUUCUCCGAUCCAGACUAAACAUUUCCAUUGGCUCUGUACGGUUUGGUUGUGUUUGGUUGUAUUUUAACUCUUUCCUAUGGUGACAUGCUCCAUGGUGACACAACAUCUCCACGCCUCACCACCACCACUACUACUAACCUAAAGAGUUUUUAAGUGUAAGAAACUGACUACUGUGCUGUAUUAUUGGACUUGAAUGAGAAGUUUUGAGGUUUUUAUGAAAUAAAAAUCCUGUGACCAUGGACUAUUUACUGGGACAAGUAAGUGCGUAUGUUUUAUACUGUACUUGAUGUGUUUUGUUGGACAUAAUUGCGCAGCGGCUAUGAAGGCAGACAUGAUGGUAUUGAAAUGUGUAUGAACACUAUGGUGAAGAUGCUGCUGCUGUAAAUAUUUACUACUUUUUCCAGUCUGAUUCAUUCACAUGUAGAUUUGCUACAGUAUAAGAUUAACCCAUUUAUACAGUUAGUUCUUUCAACUCAUUUCACUUUUUAGUCUCCAUUUAUUUUUCUGUCUUUUCUUUUCAUUAUAGAACCAGAUAGUCUGUAAUAUGCCAAGAUUUUGGGAAAUACUUUCAUUUGCUUUCUUGUCAAGAGUUUAAUCAGGAGAUUGUUACCACUCUAUUGUCAUUCCCUUAGAUAAAACAGCUGUCAGCAGGUUAGCUUAGCAUAAAGACUGUAAACGGGGGGAUCAGCUAGCCUGUCACUUUCUUAUAACGCCACCAUAACACUGCAAACUUGUUGUUUUUUCACAUCAGUUUUUGUAUAUAGGUGUUAAUUAGUGAGCCUAAAGUCUGCUUACAGAGUGGUAUCAAUCUUCUCACCUAAUUGGCAAGAAAGCAACUCUGUAUGUCCCCAAAGUGUUGAACUGUUUCAUUAAUUCUUUGCUGUUUUCUUCACAGUUCUCCACAUAAAAGAUGUUAGGUUGGUAAUAACUUUCCAUUUUGCUUGUGUAGUUGUCAUCUCUCGUUUCUUGAAGAUUGGGGUUUUAAAGGCCUUUUAUUGGCUGAUUAAAGUUCUUGUCUACCCUUUAUAAAUUGCUGACUAAAAGUUUAAAGUGACAUAAUGUUGUCGCCUCAACUAAUUCACCUGAAAGAGCCGUGCAGAUAUAUUCUACUGGACGUACGGCCACAUCACGAUUCCUGAAGUAUUUAGAUAUAAUUAAGAAUAGGUACUCGUGUUUAUCUGAGGACAAACUGUAGUUUGCCGCUCAGUUUUCGUGUGCCUUCUACACUCCCAGCUCUCCUUGUGUUACAGUUUUGUCAGAUGGAACAUAAAAACAACACGGCUGUUUUCGUCUUCUGAUUGGCAAACGAAAUACACGGAACAUUUUUUUUAAUUUUUUUAAACUACCAGAGAUGCAUGUGUGUUCUUUGAUUGAAUAUAAAUGUUGGUGCAUCAUCAUCAAGUACAACAGAGCAGGAAGUGGUAAAGACAGAUAACGCUGCUGCUGUGAGAAUUAAAGCUGGAUUACUUCAGAGCUGGUAUCCUGCAGAGGGAGAUAAAGAGCUGCCAGCUUCUGCUCCUG